GACGUCUCUGCCUAGAUAGCUUCGGAGCUUGGAUGGAUAGAAAUUUAGAGAAGGCCACUUGGUACCACUACCUUAUACCCAGUUUAUCAGAGAAAGCCGUGAAUUAUUGUGAAAUGAGUGUCGUUGAAGUUUCCUCAUACCAACAUUGGACAUCUAUUAUGCCCAAAAACGGUUUUCUGGCCGUGGAUUGCUAUGCUGAUUGGUGUCAACCCUGUAGAGCAAUUUCGCCUGUUUUUGAGCAGUUGGCCAAGCGUUACGCGAGCAAAAGCUUUGUCUUUGCUAAAAUUAAUGUAGAUAACCAGCAGCAGGUUGCUAGCUCGCUGAAUGUUCGCUCCAUGCCCACAUUUCUCUUCUUUGAAAAUGGUAGACAAGUGGAUAUGCUUGUUGGAGCAAACAGAGAUGCGUUGAUGAAAAAGGUUGAGGCUUUAGCAAAACGCAGCAACGGAUUGACCGGUGAUUCCUCUAUUCCAGCGGCCCUAGUUGCCAGGGGAUUCACUAACCUUGCUUCUAUGAUUGAGAAACGACAAUUGGAGUGCCUGAACCAAGACGAUGACCACCCCUUGAUUGGGUUAUUCAAUGGCAAGGGUAAUUAUCUCGAAUCUGAUGUCGACGAACAACUUAUGAUCUACAUUCCAUUCUUAGAGGCGGUAAAAAUUCAUUCUAUCGCCAUUACUCCUACUGAAGACAUUAGUUAUGCUCCCGCGGCAAUGAAGCUUUUCAUUAACUUGCCAAAUGUUCUUUCAUUUGAAGAUGCCGAUUCACUUGAAGCUACGCAAGAGUUUACCGAAAUUAAGUACGACAAGGCAAACGAGCCCGUUGUCGUUCCUUUACGUUUCGUCAAAUUCCAGCGCGUGAACUCUCUCGUCAUUUUCAUUUCGAAGAACGUUGGCGAUGAAGAUACGACGAGACUGGCUAAUCUUCAGCUUAUCGGAGAGCCAGUGGGUGGAAGUUCUAAUGGAAAACUGACCAAGAUUGAUGACUAGAUGCUUCUCUUACGUAGAUUGUUUAUCGAAAAAAUAAUUAUUUUACAGAGAUGUUACAUCCCUUAUAUAAACGCACAACUCUUAUGCCUCAUUGACUUGCAUGAAGCGAUUUUAUGAACGAGUUCGUCAAACUAGCUUAGGGCAGUAAACGAAUGUGGACAUCAUUUACGGCAACCGUGUCUGUCGUUCCCAUAUUUGAAUAUCCUGGAUUUGGUACCAUUUGUUGGUCGCCUUGUUUUUGACCUGCACCUUAAAUACAUGCGACUCAUUUUCUCCCUGGAAAAUGCUUUCAUGUACAAUAUUAACACAAAGAUUAUAAAUCGUUGACAGUUUUGGGUUCUUUUCUAGGAAUGUUUUGUCGAUGUAUGGUGCCAAGUCCAGGCCUUCUAGUGGGAAAGUCACAAUUGUUGGGUUGUGUUCGGGAAAGUAAUUGUUUCGUGUGAAGCGUUUGACGUGAAACAUGAUAUAAGAGGGAGCAUGAGUGAUGUGGAACCGGCGACGGAAACCAGCGAGCUCCUGUGUUGUCACACCGUUAUAUUUUGUUAGUAGUUCGUACACGGAGACUUGAGGAAUGAUGUUUCCCUCAAACUCGUCCUGAAACAGAGGCUUUGGAGGUGGAUCAAGUGUAAGAUAUAAGAAAGGUACCAGAUUCACCUCAAUGCGUCGGUCGGCUUCAAAGACAAUAUGGUCACCCGCCCUAGUUUGCGCAUGUAUUUUUUGAGACUCCAUUCGUAUACAACCUUGGAAAAUGUAAUGAAUGAUACUAGUCGGUUUCAAUGAAAAUACUUUUUUCCUGCUUCCUCCUAAUGCCACAUGAAGCGUACUCAGCAACCAAGUAAGAAACUCAAUUGGAUCCUGUUGUUCAUUGACUGAAUAUUUUUUGUGAGACAAGACAGUAAUCUCCUGUGUUAAUUCCUGCGGCGAUACAUGGUUCUUGAAAGCUCGCGGGUUCCAAAUUUUCCGGAUUAGAGUUGCUAAACGCUGGACAAUGGAGGGAGAAGAGGAAAAAUCCGUCAGCAAAAAGUAGUUCCGGAAAGGCUUUACGUGAGCCAAAGCUUGUACAAUUACGUUAAGAUAAUCGUUUUGUUUUAUAUUGUUCAUUCCAAUAAAACCUACAAGUUAGUGAAGUGUCCCCUAAGGAUUCGUUAUACCUGGGAAAUAUGGUUUUUUGUCCAAGUCAUAACUAGUUGUUUCUUUCACAUCCAGCUGUGAAACCUGCUCUUUUGUGUAUGUUGGUUGCAUUACAUACUUAAUAUCAUCCAAAGCGGCAGACGUGACUUGGUAAGACUCUGGAAGAAUGUAAAAACGAAGCGUAGAACAGUUUACGAAGACGUGAUGAUUCUCUGUAAGAGCAUGUACAUACGCAUACGAAUUUGGUCCUCGACCCUGGUAAUACUUUCCACAAACAAGGCAAGCAUACACGUUUAAGUUUGAAAGAGAAACAGAGCACAGCUUGUCGAAAUCAAAAUCAAGCAUAGACCGAUUGAUCUAAUCGAUUAGUUAGACCGCCGAAGGAAAGCGAAUACAUGAUACAUACCGUAUCAAGGUAAAGAUCCUCAAACUUGUUGUUAUCAUUUGUUGAUGCUUCUAAAGAAGCGUUUUUCGCUUUUGUUUGUACAUCAUUGGAGUUUUCGGUUUUGUCUGUUCUCAAUUCUGUAGGAUCAUUUUCGUCUUUUCUUUUUCGUUUCAACGAACCCGACAUAGCGGCCUCAGAAUCGUUCAUUUCCCUUAAUAACCUUUUAAUUUAUGAUAUGAAAGCAUAUAUAGCUGCGGUUUUAUAAGGAUAUUUGUAUUCCCUA